AUGUUAGACCUCAAAUAUAUAUGGGUGCUUGUUUCAAUCAACAGGUACAUUCUUGACACCUUAGAAAAUGAAAAAACCAGGAAUGCUAUAAAGUUGAGAUGCACUUCCAAGUUAAGGAUUCAAAAGCAGGAAUUCUUUGAAUUCUCUGAGCAGUCAGUUCUAUCCAAUCUUUAUUGGGGUAUUGAAAGCAUUGAAGCUGCAAUUCAAGCACAACAACCAGAAGAAAGAUCCUUUGGGCUAAUGAAUUCAGAACAAAUGCUUCAGGUCCCAGCAAUGCUUGAUGAGGAUGAGGUUACAGCUACAAUUCCAAAUAGUUACUUGGUGUGUUGCUCCUACUUUUACUUAUCAGUGGUUAGGAAACUCCAGGGAGAUGAAUGGCAAACAGCACUUCAUUUUCUUCAAGCAGUGUUGGUCUCACCAAAACUUGUUUGGACUGAAUUUGCAUCAGAACUUUGUCAAAGUCUUUUUCCCCAAUCAAACAUCCUCAAAAAGCAGGAAAAUAAUGGCAGUAAAAGUUUGGAAUCUGCUAUGAUGUCUGAGGAUGAAAUGAAUGAAGCUAUUAGGGAUAUGGCAAGGAGAUACAAGGAAUGUCUUGUGUAUUACCAGGUCAUGCUUUAUGGAGAGACUCCAUGGUGGCGCAGUUAUUGCAGCAAACAAUCAGCACAUUAUAUGGAUGUACCAAAUACUAGCAUUGUAUCUACUGCUUCAGUUCAACAUGAACCAGGAUUAAAAACUUGCAAUAUGUAUAAGAAGGUUCAUCCACUUGAUCCUCAAGAUGUGAUGCAUACAAUGGAACAAGAGUCAAAACAAUUCAUGGAUAUUGCUGAAUAUGAAGAUCACAAGAAAGUCCUCAAACAAUUGAAUUCAGUUCAGUGUCACAGCAAAGAGCAGCAAGGGAUUUCGAGCAUCAAAUGCCUCAAGGAUAUGUUGAAAGAAGCACAGUCUAAAACAUCAGCAUCAUUUGAUUCCUUCUAUGAGGAUUAUAGAGGCAAAAGGAACCUGGAAAAUACAGAUGAUAGAAAAUUUCAUAUAAGAACCACAAUAACAAAAGCUGAUGAUCUACAACCAGAAACAUAUGACUGGAAGCUACAUCAAUACUCAGGUUUGCCUCAAGCUCCUCAAGAUCCAACGCAAGAACAUUUGGAUGAAAGAAACAUAAUUAGGAUUGAUUCUAGCAGAUUCACCAGGUCCAUAGAGGAUGUUACUUUAUCUAUCUCACAAUACAGAGAUAAAACAAGAAACAGCCAUUUAAAUUGCCGUGUUGUAGAGGAUGAAUUGAUCGAGGAAGCAUUGCAUCCACUAAAAUUCCAUCUCUUUGAUCAUGUGACAUUAACAUCUGCUUGCAAACAUAGGCUCAUCCAGAAAAAUCAUGAAGAAAGCUCUGACAUGAAAUUGAAAAGAUCAUAUAGCCAAGGAAACUUCAAUGAAGUUUGUUCAAAAUCCAGAAGAUAUUCCCUGAAUGAUCUAUCAGGACUGACUGAAAGGAGAAUUUCAGAACUACAAUAUCCAGAGGCAUUAGGAAAAUGUGGUGAAGAAUAUAUUGUAGACAUUGCAUCCAUUUAUGAGAGUUUGAUUAGUUCAUCAGGCACUACUUGUGCUUCCUUAAAGGAUGUGAUUUUGGAUGAACUGCUAAUAGCUAUCUCUAGUUCCAAAGAGGAAAGAGAAUUAAGGGCAUCAGUAACUAUUCUGACAACAAUAAUUUCAAGGAAUAAGUCAAUUAUAGAAGAUGUCAAGAAGAAAGGUUUAAGGUUGUAUGAUCUUGCAAGUGCUCUAAAACAAAAUGUCCAUGAGGCAGCAAUUCUAAUCUAUUUAAUAAAUCCAUCUCCUACAGAUAUAAAAACAUUGGAACUUCUGCCAAUAUUAGUGGAUAUUGUAUGCACUUCACAUAGUUACAAGAAUAAGCCAGAGUCAUUUCUUCUGACACCUCAUGCAGCAUCAUUGAUGAUCAUUGAAGAACUAGUUACUUCAUUUGAUUAUGCUACAAAUAACAUGCAUUUGGCUGCAAUCAGUUCCCCUCAUGUUCUAAGUGGACUUCUAGAAGUUGUCAGAAAUGAUAAUCUUGAAGGAUUUUUCUCUUUGAUCACCAUUCUUAUAAAAUGCAUGCAGUUUGAUGCACAGUGCAGAAAGUAUGUGUCACAAUUCACUCCUCUUGCUCCCUUUAUCCACCUUCUCCAGGCAGAAAACACUCGAGCCAAAUGCGUGGCACUUGAAUUUUUUCAUGAAAUCCUUUGCAUACCACGAUCAUCUGCUAUUAGUCUGUUGCAGCGUAUACAGCAAGAAAGAAGCAUUGAUAUCAUGCAGAUACUAAUGCGUUGUGCACAUCAAUUGCAACCUGAUCACCAGCUUUUAGCGGCAAACAUAUUGCUUCAGUUAGACGCAUUGAAUUCACAGGAUAAAAGCUUGUUUAGAGAAGAAGCAGUGCAGAUCCUUCUGAGGGCAUUGGCAUCUCAAGAAAGCUCAGAGCAGAUAUUAUCUGCAUCCAUUCUUUCAAAUCUUGCUGGGACAUAUGCUUGGACUGGGGAACCAUAUACAGCUGCAUGGUUGCUUAGAAAGACAGGCUUGACAUCUCCCUAUCAUCAGAAUAUGAUAAGAAACUUCAACUGGUUGGAUCAGAGUCUACAGGAUACUAGCACAGAUUUAUGGUGCAGUAAAAUUGCCAAAUGUGUCAUGAGUGUUGGGGAUUCUAUGUUCCAUACUUUAGAAAGGGGGCUAAGAAGCAAGAUCAAAAGGGUUUCUAGAGACUGCCUUGUAACCAUUUCAUGGCUUGGAUGUCAAGUAUCAAAAAUCCCAGACAGCCUCAGUUAUUCUACAUCUGAGAUUAUACUAAGUGGAAUUGAGCAAUUUCUACAUCCUGGGAUGGAGUUGGAAGAAAGACUUCUAGCAUGUCUAUGCAUUUUUAAUUAUGCCUCUGGGAAAGGUAUUCAAAAACUAAUUCAUUUCUCAGAAGGAGUAAAGCAAUCGCUAAGACGCCUUUCAAAUGUAAUUUGGAUGGCUGAGGAAUUACACAAAGUAACCGAUUUUUUGCUGCCAAACAUAUCACGUAUUUCUUGUGUUCACACACAAAUCCUUGAGACAGGUCGCAACUUCAGCAUGGCAGUUUGCUCCCUCAUAUACUACAAGGGACUUCUAUUCAGUGGAUAUUCAGAUGGAUCAAUCAAGGUAUGGGAUACUAGGGGGCACUCUGCCAGUCUUGUAUGGGACAUUAAAGAGCACAAGAAGUCUGUGACAUGUUUUUCACUUUAUGAACCAUCAGACAGCCUUUUAAGUGGAUCCACCGAUAAAACCAUAAGGGUGUGGAAAAUGAUCCAGAAAAAGAUGGAAUGUGUUGAAGUAAUAGUCUUGAAGGAACCAAUUCAUCAUUUACGGGCACAUGGUGAAACAAUUUUUGCAAUUACUGAAAGCCAUGGAAUAAAGCUAAUUAAAGAAUCAAGAGUGAUAGGAGAUAUUAUCAAAGGUAAGCAAGCAAAGUGCAUGGCAGUGGCUCAGGGAAAGUUAUACAUUGGCUGCACAGAUUCAAGCAUACAGGAGUAUUCCAAAACAUACAACCGGGAAAUAGAAAUCAAAGCACCUACAAGGAGUUGGAGGAAGCAAAGUAAGCCCAUCAAUUCAGUUGUAGCAUAUAGAGAUUGGCUCUAUAGUGCAAGUAGGCAUGUUGAAGGCACAACAUUCAAGGAAUGGAAAAGAACUAGGAAACCCAAAAUUUCAAUCCUUAGUGACAAAGGAGAUAAUGUGGUGGCCAUGGAAGUGGUAGAAGAUUUCUUAUACCUGAUCUCCAGCUCAUCAGCAAACAACAUUCAGAUCUGGUUGAGAGGGGCACCAAAAAAGUUGGGGAGAAUAUCAGCAGGAAGCAAGAUAACAAGCAUCCUGGCCGCCAAUGACAUUAUUCUUUGUGGUACUGAGAUGGGACUAAUCAAGGGCUGGAUCCCUCUGUAGGAAGAGCUUCAACCUACUGUUUAUACAUACAGAUCCUUUCAAGUUCAAUGCUUUGGCCAGGUAUUACAACAAAGACAACUUGUCCUGCUGGCUUAGUCAUGUUGUGAUGCCAUUGCCAAACCAAAUGCUAGAAGAUUGCAAUAAAUUCAUCUGCCAAAAGACUUACAGUACAAAUUUUACAUCAGGGAUUACUAUAGUAAAUAUAUAAGUUUUCCUUUUGAUAAAAACCAUUGUGAAUAGCUUAUUGUUUUCACUGUACA